UUUGUUGUAGGCUUGUAGCUAUAUAGCAAGCAGAACCCCUCGUUAGAGUCAACGAAAACAUGGGGAAGAAGAUGAUAAACUUCUCAACUAUUAUCAUCGUAUCGAUGAUCCUAUUGGUUUCCACAGGAUUAAUGGAGCAAGGAGAAGCGCAAGCACAAGGAUCAUGUGAGUGGGAAUGCGAGCACCUACCAAACUUCCCGUGUUGGUUAAAAGGUGUCGGAGAACGCCUUUGCCACGACUUGUGCAUGUCCGAAGGAGCCAUUGCCGGCUUUUGUGUCUCUGACCCUCACCACCGCUGCCUCUGUCGCAAGCCCGGCUGCUCCUGAUUUUAUAUACCCUCAUUCGCCAUAUUAUAUUCAACCAGCCGUUUGUUUUACGUACGCAAGAAAACCAUAUAUAUAUUGUAGCUCUGAUGUUGUCUUCUGUACGUGAUCGAGUGCUAUAUAUAUGGAAUUAUGGAUUGUGAUAUUAAUAAAAUUAUGAUGGUGUAAGCUAGGUAACUCCUAAUCAUCAUACACAUCUCGUUCA